AUGUCCACCAGCCCAGGCACAGACUCGUCUUCUCCUUAUCAGACUCCGACAAGGCAUUCGGGAACCAACUACAUCCGCCUAAUCAAGCUCCUGCCUGGAUCCCCGGAAAGUCCUAUAGCUUGCACAUUGCACGAAUUGGAGCUAGAAAAGCCUGGCGAGUUCACUGCUCUGUCUUACACAUGGGGGAAGCCAGACCCUACUUUCGAGAUUACCCUCAAUGGACGACAAAUCCAAGUGCGGGAGAACCUCUGCAGUUUUCUGAAGCAGGCAAGAGAAUUGGGAAGAUCGGAGCUACUCUGGAUCGACGUAAUUUCAAUCAAUCAAGACAACAUCGAGGAACGUAAUCAUCAAGUGGCGUUGAUGGGUCAGGUCUAUCGCAGGGCUGCUAAAGUUGUUGUUUGG